AUGCGUGCGGGGUGCCACAUUGAGUUACCGCGCGAGAUACAGACCAAGAAAGCGGUAAUUAACGUUAAAUUUGGUGACAAUGCGUGUUUCGCGUGGGCAGUGGUUGCGGCUCUGUAUCCAGUCGAUAGAGACGCAAAUCGUGCAUCCAUGUACCCACACUAUACAACAGUGCUCAAUUUACAGAACAUUGAGUUUCCAAUGUCUGUAAAUAAAAUAACAAACUUCGAGCGACAAAACAAUAUAUCAAUCAACGUGUACAGUGCUGAAAAGAAGAAAACAGAAAAAGGAAAAACGACACACGUGAUCCUUCCGAUACGCCUCACUGACCGCACGAUGGACAGACACGUCAACUUGCUGUACUUGCCAGAUCCGCGAGAUGACAACGUUAGACACUUUGUAUGGAUAAAAAACUUGUCCCGACUUGUGAGCUCGCAAUUAAGCAAACAUGAUCAUAAGAAGUAUAUCUGCAACCGAUGCUUGCACUAUUUUAGUUCGAGCGAAAGGUUGCAGGUCCAUACUAUAGAUUGUGGAGAAAUGAACCACUGUGCCAUUUUGCUUCCUAGCGAGGACGACAAAUGGCUCAGUUUUUGCAACCACAACAGGAAAAAGCGUCCGCCGUUCGUCGUGUACGCCGAUCUGGAGUGCAUUUUACGGAAGACUACGAGCGAGGAAGGAGAGGAUCACAAAUCGCUCGCGUAUCGGCAUCAUACG